AUGGCCGCGCCCCGCCACCCGUCUCCCGCCCGCCUCUCCGACUCCUCCCGCACAGCGCCCGCCCCCUCGAUACGAGCUGGAUCGGGGGCUCAACCCCGCGGCACCUCAAGCCCCGACGCCGCACCGUCGCCGCUCACCACCACCUCGUCGGCGUCGCAUCCCUGCCUCGCCCCGACGUCGCCCCGCGCCUCGCCCUGCGCCCUGCCGCCGCCCUGGCUCCGUGCUCGAGUCUCGCGCCGCCCGGCGACCCUGCUGCGGUGGACGAGCCACCCGCCGGCGAAGACCUCCCUCUCUCGCGCCCGUGCCACGGCCUCCUCCUCACCGGACCCCACCACCGCCCGUCGCCUCGUCCUCCUCGUGAGGACCCCGGUCCUCCUCCUCCUCCCUGUGCCCUCACGCCGGCGCUCGCCCGCGCCACCGCACCAUCCGCCUGCUGCCGGGAGCCGCCGAACUGCGCGUCGCGCUCGCCGCCGCUUCCCGCACUCACCGCCCUCGCUCCGCGGCCUCGCCCCCUUGCUCCCGCUCCGCCGCAGUCCCUGCCUGCUGCUGCUCCGGCCGGCGAGCCUCGCCGUGGCUGGCCUGGCCAGUGCCCAGUCGGGCUAG